UAUGAUGUGUUUGUUUAAUAUGUGUGAGAAUGACAGUGUUAACACAGGCAUGACUAGCCAACCAGACAUUACCACAUCUGCCCAAAUACUGGGAAAUAGAAUAAUGAAAACUGCGUGGAUAACUCCACUUAACUAAAGUUUUUGAAUAGUAAGGGAGGAGAAAAUGUUCAUUGAAAGGAGGCUGGAAAUAACAGGUAAAGCUCAUUAAGGCACAUUACUAUGUCCUGUUGCAUAAAAUGUAUAUUAAUUAUGAUGGCGCUGCUGCUGUUGAUAAUCCUAAACUGCAGUGUGGCUGGGAUUAAGCUCCUAAAUGCAGGUGUAAAUAUAGACUGGUACAUCUCAACCUGCAGCUCAGGGAACCAGAUUAUGUGGGGACAAUAUCUUCAAUUAGGGAGAACGCAUCUUGAAAAAGAAUUCAUUGACACUAUAUAGUAGAUAAUAGUACCCAUGCUUUCUAUGAUUCACCACUGUAAAUACACAAUACACGUCUAGUUACAGCAACUGUUGAUACUAGGCUGAUCCCUAAUAUGCAUUAACCAGAUGAGUAAAGGAUGUUAUGCCCUGAUACAAUGAUGGAAAACACAUUAUUUUUGACAAGCAAACUGGUGGGAUGUCGAGUCUCUUUAUCCAACCAGGCAGGCAGUUAUUGUACACAGUGUGCUUGCCAAAACAGACAGAGGAAAGCCGAUUACUCUCUCCCUUUGUCAGCAGAAUUGAAUGUGCUAGGUCACAGAAGGAGAAAAAAAGUCACCAAAACAACAGUGUAUAUAUAACCUGCUCAGAAGAAUAAGGAAAAUGAUGCCAUCUACCGGGGCAGAAAGCAAAAUUCCAGAUUAUUAAUUUGACAGUUAAUCUGGCCGUGACCUCAAAGUCACAGCAUUAGUAGAUAUGAUGAAAUGUGAAAUAUUUCAAUCUAUUUCACUAAAGGCCUCAUUUAAACAAGUUUCCCUUUGAGUUCAUCACAUGCACUCAUUGGUUUAUCAUACAGAUAAUAAUAAUUAAUAGAAGAAAGCAAUUAAACUAGCCAUAAUGCUCAAAGGAUUAUGAUAUCAACCUGAGUAACAUUUUCUUAUGUGACUCAUAUUUAAAUCCAAGACAUGGAGAAUUGAAGUGGAAUAAGGGGGGAAAAAAGUGCUCAUAUUUGUCCCCAUGGAAACAAAAGAUCGCAGAUCCGGCCCUCCAGGUUUGGUCUCCCAAGAUGAUGGUGGUUUGUGGAUGAAGAUGGACCCCAGCCCUGUGACAGACCACACAGAGACCCAAUCGGUAACCUCUGGUGAAGAUCCCCAAGAUGAGACCAGAGUUAUCCCCCCUGCCGACGCCAUGAUCACCAGGUACUACAGUGUAAUGGAUGACGAGGGCACAGAUGUCUUCAUCCCACCUCCUCCUCCUCCAUCCUCUAUUGCUCUUUUGUCUCCAGCAGAGGACAGCACAGGUGCAAAGAUGAAUAAUUCCAGUGUGACCCAUUCAACUGGGGCAACUGACGACACAGAGGCUAAAGCUAAUCCCAGCGGCUUAGACUGGCAUCAUGGUGAAAAGCAGUUAAUGGCAGCACAGAACAAGGUGGAUGAAGUGAUAGCAAGUACGGCACAGACUUCUGAGGAGUCUAUGGACGCAGUAUCUCUUUACAACGACAAGGACCAAACAUCUACUGAGGGCACUGUUUGUCUGAUGGAAACGUGCCAUGAUCUAUCAGGAAGGCAUCAUCAGGAUAACUCUACAAGAGAUAAAGAAUCAGAUGAAGGUGGGGAUAUUGUAAUUUGGAGGGAAACCGAUGUGGAUACAGACAAAUAUCCAAAGGAUAAACCUUCAAAAAUAGAGGAAACCUCUGAAAAUGAGACAUAUGACAAAACAGAACCCGAGGAUGUUAGUGGUCGUACUGAGACGGAUUUAAAACAAGUGAAACCAAAUGUUGACUGUGACAGAGUAGGAACAAAUGCACCAACACUACCUGGUCUUUGUGUGAAAGAUGAUGAUUUAGAGUCCAGUGGACCACCAGAGCUUUGCAAACACAACGAGACAGGAUCCGCUACCAAUCAGCGACAGGUACCAGAGUCUCCUGCAGAGGUGACCAAUGAGGACCAUGAAGAGCAUGUUGACGCCAGAUCUUUGAACUAUAAACUGACAAAGAAUGACUGGGUGAGGAAGGAGAGCGGCGAAGCAGAAGUACCCCAACACCUCGUCUUUGAAGGUUCUGAAGGGACAAUGACAAAGGGAGAGCUGGGAGAUGGAAGCAAGAGAAUAGUUACAGAUAUCCAACAAGGAGAGCAACUGCUUCAACGUCUGCAGCUGGUGCAGCAACGACAGGAUGUACAUAUGUCACAGCUGGCCCAAGAAACAAGAGGUAAGAAACUGGGUGUGUGUGAGACAGAAGUGGAUGAUUCAACCGCGAGAGGAGUGAAUCUGACAGACAGAACCGAGGUGAAAGAGAGUAGAAUUCCCACGGUUACGGAUGAGGGAGUAAAGAUGAACAUGAUGGAAAAGGAAAAGAAUGAAGAGAAUGAGAGUGAAGACAGUGAAAAAGCAAGUAUGUCAUUGUCCACAAUACCUGAACAAUCAAAGGACCAGAGAAUUACCAGAACAGAAUUUGAUAAUUCUGAUGAGGAUAAAAGUGACAGCUGGGUGCAGGAAGACUUGUCUCCUAUCAACCCCCAUGAAACCCCCCAAACUCCAUUGCUGUCCGCCCAACACCGACUCUCAGCUGCUGGAACAUCCAUGGAGAGACAGAUCCAAGAGGCAAACCAGGGUAGGCAAAUUCUGCUGAGAGCUGGGGGCAUCUUCAAUCUUACCGAUAAUCCAGAUGUGCUGGAGAUUCCCUUUAAGACCGCCAUCUCACUUGAGCCACUCCCCUCCCAGGUUGGCCAAGGCCAACGCAGUGAUUGGCAGUUCUCUGAACAGAAGAUGCAGAAGGAGAUAAGUCAGGAGAUUCAGAGAGAACUGGUGCUGGUGAACCAGGGGAAGAUCCCAGGAGUGUAUAGCAAAGGAGAGGUCCGCCAGUUAAAGGAGACAAAACUACUGUUCGAGGCUUUCCAGCAGGAUAACACAGAAGGUCCAACGAGAAUCAGGAAACUUCCAAGCACACUCAUACGACAUCCUCUUUAUCCAUCUGUACUGGAGCGCACACAUAGCCUUGAGACGUUCUCCCUCAAAAGUUGCUCGCUUUCCAGAGCAUAUUCCCUUAGGCUGUACGAAUCUGCAGCCGCUGAGGGGGAGGAAAUUCCUGAAAAAUCAAGAUCAAAAAGCCCAACUGGAGGUGCACGAGACAAAACACGCUUAUUCCCUUACCCAAAACAGGACAAGCAUCCACGCCUGUGCAGAAGCAUGGACUCCGUAAGCACUGAUGCUUCCACAUCAGCCGUGGAGAACAGGAGCAAAUCAAGGGAGGGAAACGCAAGACAAGAGUCCCCGAUCCUCCAACGAAACCCCUUCUUCAAGUUGCGCCCAGCCCGCUGUCUGCAGCCGGAGGUAGAGAAGGACAUCCGCGAGGCCAAGGAAAGGGAGGAGGAGCUGCGCAGACAGAGGUGCACUCUGUACGGUGAGGACAGGCAGUGCAGUCAAGAGGAAGAAAAGUCACGGUUCACCAAGACGCAUGUACCAGAUGCAAGACAACAGUCCAGGGGGAAAUUGGAACGGGUCUGGCCUCCGCCCUCCAAGAAAGACCAGUUCAAAUCUGAGCAGACACAGCGGGAGCCAAAAGUUCACAGAGCAGGAGGUCAGAAAGCUCCUCUGUGGCAACGCUGGGAAUCAGGCCAGAUCAAUGGGCAGCCGUCAAAGGAGAAGAACUGAUGUCGUCUUCAACACCACACGUAAAAUAUCUACAAUGCUAGAGCUGUACAAAAAUGAUUUAAAAAUGGAUCAAUGGAAACAAAAUGUGUGCAGUAGUUCAUGCUAAAAUUCUUUAACGCUGCUUUGUAUUUAUGGCAAAUAUUUUUUUUUGUCUCAUUCACUAGUUUUAUUCCGCUGACAAAAUAAAGCAAAAGUCUCCUCAAUCAUUCUCCUCAUAUUUUCCAUGUAGUUCCCAUUACAGUCUCUCUGUGGGAUUCUAAAGGAAUGCAAAUGUUGCAAUGAUGCCGUUUUCUCUCCCGUGAGUUCCCACUGCAGACUUCCAACUCUCUCUCAAGUCUUUGCUUUGCGUUUGAACCAAGACACGAGCUUUGUGGCAAAGUCAGAUUUUUUGCACAGCGUAAAAAACUGUUCUGAUUAGUCGUGACCAGAUUGUGUAAAACCUAAACGAAGGAGGGGCGUCCACGGAAAAUGAAGCCAUCACAAAACAUUCUGAACUCUCCAGAAGUGACCUGAUAUCAUACUAGAGAUGGAGUUUGGUUAGUAGGAGGCACGCAGCUUAGUCUGUCUGGGUACCAUCUGUCAGCCCCGCUGACUCUGCCAGAGGAGGCAGGACGUUCACUCUGCCCUUCCUGGCUCAGACACGCUUGUUGACUGGCUGCAGUUCCCACCAGCCCACGAGCUGCAGCAAAGGGCCAAGGCUCUGUUAUGACAUUAGAAGAUGGCUUCCACAAAACACAUUGAAUACAGAUCCAAAAUGCCAGAUGUCAGUGUCUGCCUCGAGUUUAAAAUUUCUCUGAUGGGAAUUUCUUGCCAGGUCAUACAAACAUCAAGUCAGUGCCUCGCCUUUUAUUUGAAUUACCGUCCCCCAAAACUGAUAUGGAUCUCUGGAUCACUGCAGACUGAUGCACAUGGUGUCAAAGCACUCCCGAGCGAUCGAGGACGGGCUGCUGCUCUUCUCGUCGCUGGCGCGCAACGGCAUUUACAAAUUGACGCCACCUCUCAAU